AUGAAUCCUCUAUUUCCGAGUUUCAGUAGCGAUCGCAUCAUGACCUUCUUUCUCCGAGCCGGUGUAGUCUUUGCCGCUGCGGUCCAAGUGGCCGCAGACCCGUCCCUAACAGUACGUACGGAGACUGGGAUUUUCACUGGUCUGCAGAAUACCGACUUCACUGGAGUACGUGAAUUCCGCAAUAUCCCUUUCGCUCAGCCUCCGGUAGGCUCGCUUCGCUUCCAACCACCCCAGCGACUACCCCCAUCGAAGCAGCAUCGCUACUCGACACGCUUCCCCCCCCUCAUGCCCCCAGUUUUCCUCCAGCGGAGAAAGCUUCUGGAAUCUCUUCGUGCCAUAUCUAUUACCCCGUCGGAAGAUUGCUUAAGCCUCGCUAUCUGGACCCCAUAUGAUGUUCCGUCCGACGCUAAGCUCCCUGUUGCGUUUUUCAUGACCGGCGGUGGUUUCCAGACCAAUGGAGUGGAUGUUCCUGGCCAGAUCCCAGCUCCCUGGGUGAAUCGUUCGCAGGAACAUAUCGUCGUGACUAUCAAUUACCGCCUCAAUAUCUUUGGCUUUCCAAAUGCGAGGGCGCUUGAUAGCCCUAAUCUUGCUAUCCUGGAUCAACGUCUAGCUCUCGAAUGGGUACAUGAAAAUAUCGCUGCCUUUGGCGGUGAUCCUGAGUCGAUCAUGAUGUGGGGACAGUCGGCUGGUGCGAUGAGCACUGAUAUUCACAACUACGCCUUCUGGGACAACCCGAUUGUACACGGAAGCUUCUCACAAUCUGGCACAGCUCUUGCCCCGAUCUUUUCGUCCGACUACUCGCACUCGAGUUUUACCACCGUGGCCAAGAAUCUGGGCUGCGACUUUCCGGACAAUCCGACUGCAGAGCUCGAGUGUAUGCAGCAGGUUCCAGUGGACCUGAUCGAGAAUUUCAUCGGCCAGUACGACGGCCCUGCAAGCCUGAGUUUCGAACCCAUUCCGGACGACAGAGUGGUGUUCUCCGACUACCCAGCUCGCGCGGUGGCUGGCAAGAUCUCACCCCGCCCGGCUAUUUUCUCGGACGCCGCGAAUGAAUUCGCUACUCUAUACACUUGGCCGUCCGGCAACGCCAGCGCAGGGCCAUACCAGCCCUUUGUCGAUGCUGGAACUCUCGGGGCUUUUGUCUGCCCUAAUGCGAGGACCAGCAUUCUCCGCGAUAAGGCCAAUGUGACGACCUAUCGCUACCAGUACGCGGGAGUGUGGCCCAACCAGAACCCGUACUCGUGGCUGGGGGCAUAUCAUUCCUCGGAUCUGAUGAUGAACUUUGGGACCUACUUCUAUGACCGGACCAACUCUACUACGGGGCCGACUGCGUUGGAAAUCAGGACUAGUGAGGCCAUGCAGGAUCAUAUUUUGGCGUUCAUGAAGGACCCGAAGGAUGGUCCUCCCGCUAUCGGGUGGAAUCCUUAUACGUAUGGCGGUAACGUGGUUCGCUUUGGGGCCAAUGGGGUCCCCGUACAGAAUGCCAGCGGGUAUGCCAUCGAUGGGCCAUGCUAUGGCGAGGGCACAUAUGAUCCUUUUCCUUAA